UUCCAUCUAAAUACUAUGCGCAAGUCUGGUGAUGUGAUUCUGGGUGGGCUGUUUGAGGUCCACUACUCAUCUAUCUUCCCUGAGCUUUCGUUCACUUCUGAGCCACAUCAGCCGAAGUGCCAAGGCUUUGAUAUUCAAGGGUUCAGGCAUGCUAACACCAUGAUCUUUGCUAUUGAGGAGAUCAACAGAAACUCCAACUUGCUACCUAAUGUGACUUUGGGAUACACCCUUUAUGACAACUGUGGCACACUUGGCAUUGCGUUUCGUGCUUCAUUGUCACUGGUCAGUGGUCAAGAGGAGCAGUUUAUUUUGGAUGGGACCUGUGCAGGGAGUCCUCCAGUCCCGGGGAUUGUGGGUGAUUCAUACUCAACUUUUACAAUUGCCGUGUCAAGCGUGAUUGGUUUAUACAGAUUGCCACUUGUGAGUUACUUUGCCACAUGUCCCUGCCUGAGUGAUCGGCAACGCUUUCCAUCUUUCUUCAGGACCAUCCCAAGUGAUACUUUCCAGGUGCGUGCUAUGAUUCAGAUAAUGAAGCGUUUUGGCUGGACUUGGGCAGGUCUGCUGGUCAGUGAUGAUGACUAUGGACUCCAUGCUGCCCGCACCUUACAAUCUGACCUGGCUCUCUCAGGUGUAGGAUGUCUGUCCUACUCAGAGGUUUUACCCUGGGGAAAUGACCCAGCUGAACUGAGGAGGAUUGUGAAUCUGAUAAAAAUAUCCGCAGCCCGUGUGGUCAUUGUGUUUGCACAUGAGACUCACAUGAUUCACCUCAUGGAGGAGGUGGUGAGACAGAAUGUGAUAGGCCUGCAGUGGAUGGCCAGUGAAGCUUGGGCAUCAGUUUCUGUCCUCCAGACCCCUGACCUUAUGCCGUACCUGGCUGGCACACUGGGCAUUGCCAUCCGUCGAGGAGAAAUACCAGGGCUCAGGGAAUCCCUCUUACGAAUACUUCCUGAAAAAAACUACAACAGCAGCUAUGGAAAUAGCCUGCUGAACCAGUUUUGGGAAUACACAUUUCAGUGUAGAUUCACACCACCUCCAGCAGGUUGGGUGGAGGCUGGGGGAGCAUUGUGCUCUGGUGAGGAAAAUCUAGAGGAUGUGGAGAGUGAGUUGUUUGAUGUUUCCGAUCUCAGGCCAGAGUAUAAUGUGUACAAGGCUGUGUAUGCUCUGGCCUACGCCCUUGAUGACAUGCUGCAGUGUGAGCCAGGCAGAGGGCCUUUCAGUGGGCACAGCUGUCGCAAUUUGAAAGAGCUGGAGCCAUGGCAGCUAGUACAGUAUUUGCAAGAGGUCAAUUUCACCACAUCAUUUGGUGAUCAAGUAUCAUUUGAUGCCAAUGGGGACGCUUUACCAAUCUACGAUAUCAUGAGCUGGCAGUGGCUCCCUGAUGGAAAAACUGAAGUUCUGAAUGUAGGUGAGUUCAAGAGGUCAGCCUCCAAAGGUGAAGAACUCACAAUUGAUGAAGACAAAAUCUUCUGGAACUUUGACUCAAAAAAGCCACCCCGCUCAGUGUGCAGUGAGAGCUGUCCUCCAGGUACCCGCAUGGCCAGAAAAAAAGGGGAACCUGUGUGCUGUUUUGACUGCAUCCCUUGUUCUGAGGGGAAGAUCAGUAAUGAGACUGACUCCAUGGAGUGCAUCAGUUGUCCAGAGGACUUCUGGUCCAGCCCCCAGCGUGACCACUGUGUUCCUAAGAAAACAGAGUUCCUCUCUUACCAUGAGCCUCUGGGUAUCUGCUUAACAACAACAUCAUUGCUGGGGACAUGUAUUUGUGCUCUUGUUCUGGGUGUUUUUAUCUGUUAUCGCAGCACACCCAUGGUACGUGCCAACAAUUCAGAACUCAGUUUUCUGCUCUUAGCUUCACUCAAGCUUUGCUUCCUAUGCUCACUGCUGUUUAUUGGUCGUCCCAGACUGUGGACAUGUCAGCUGAGACAUGCAGCAUUUGGGAUCAGUUUUGUGCUUUGUGUCUCAUGCAUUCUGGUGAAAACCAUGGUGGUUUUGGCUGUGUUUAAGGCCUCUAAACCAGGAGGUGCAGCUAGUCUGAAGUGGUUUGGUGCAAUGCAGCAGAGAGGGACAGUUAUUGUUCUCACUUCUAUCCAGGCAGCAAUUUGCACUGUGUGGAUCGUCUCUGCCUCACCAGCCCCUUAUAAAAACACUCAAUACCACAAUGACAAGAUCGUUUAUGAGUGCGUAGUUGGAUCCACAGUUGGUUUUGCAGUGUUACUGGGCUAUAUUGGCUCACUAGCUAUCCUAAGCUUCCUGUUAGCGUUUCUGGCUAGGAACCUUCCAGACAACUUUAAUGAGGCCAAACUCAUCACUUUCAGCAUGCUGAUCUUCUGUGCUGUGUGGGUGGCCUUUGUCCCUGCUUAUGUCAACUCACCAGGAAAAUAUGCAGAUGCAGUUGAGGUAUUUGCCAUCCUGGCCUCCAGUUUUGGCCUCUUAUUGGCACUCUUUGGACCCAAGUGUUUCAUAAUCCUGUUAAGACCAGAGAAGAACACCAAGAAAGCAAUCAUGGGUCGAGGCACCACAAAGUCAUAA